CCAAACCCGUGCGAAACCUUACUUCUAUACGUGAUCCUCAAAUUUUAAUCAUGAUUAGAAGACGACGAAAAUACAAUCUCAGAAAAUGUAAAGAAAACGAGAAGAGACAGAAACUGGAAGGCAGAUACAAAGCAAGCUCAGGAUAAAAUUCAAAAACUGUUGUACUUUAGAUGUGCCAAAACGAGGAGAAGGCACAGCAAAAAAAUAUGCAGUAGCACACAUGGCUCCCUCUUCUACAUCUUUGCCUUCUUCUUCCUCCAAAUCUCCUCGUCUUCCUCCUCCCCAACAACCCACUCACUUCACCCCUAUUCAAGAAUGUGAAAGAGAAGAACAUGAUGAAGAUGGAUAUAGCGAGGAGCAAAUAAUCCAGAACAGAGGGAGACCGGCCGCUGGUUCUACGGAGAAGGGAGUUACUCCAAAACAUCGCCCGACGCCUCUCCAUGAAACUUACAAAAGUGCCAAACCCAACGCCAAGAAGAACUCGGAGUCUGAUACAACGGAGACCGAAGAGGACGGUUCGGUCUCGUGUAACAAGUGCCGCCCACAUGCGCGCGAGAAGAUCUCGGUGGUUCCCCUGGACAACAAUGGUCUCAACAAGCAGUCUUCGUCGAUUGCGAGCCCCAAUGGCAUAUUCAAGGCCAUCUUUUCGUCGCUAACGAGGAGAAGCCCGAGGUCAACGGUGGCGUUAACGACGGCCAGAGAGGAGCAGUGGAAGAUUGCGGUGGCAGAGCUCUCGCACAAGCUGAUUCAGGCUACGAGAAAGAGAGACGAGGCUCUUCUUGAAGCUUCAAGGCUUAAGUACUCCAUGGCUGAGCUAGAGAAGAAGCUCAACAAGCUCGAGGUUUAUUGCCAUAACUUGAAGUCUGGCCUCGAAGAGUGCAGCACCAACUCGCACUAUCAAAUAGGAAAGAGCCACAGUAAUCGGCUGGUGAACCAUCUCGGCUACCUGAGCGUUAAUGACAAAGUGAUUGAGCAUUUUCUGGUUUCGGUUUCGGAGGCUCGGUCUUCGGUCCGGCUCUUGUGCCGCGCGCUCACUAUGCAACUCAGGCAAAUGGGAAACAAAGUAUAUGAGAGAAUUUCGAUUCUUCUACAACCUUAUGAUAUAAAGGUUUCACUUUCGAAGAACCCAAGAAGCUUGAUUUUCUACCUUGAGGCUUUGCUGAACCAAGCUUUCUAUGAGGACUUCGAAUCUGCUGGGUUUCAAAAGAACUCCUCGAAUCAAAUAUUGAACCUGAUUGAUCGGUGCGAGGCUAAUUUUGAGUCCUUCACCUUGCUUCAGGAGUUGACAUGGGAGGAGGUCUUGAAUAAGGGGACAAGGCAUUUCAGUGAAGAUUUCAGCAGGUUUUGUGACAGGAAAAUGAGUGAAAUUGUCGCAAUGUUGGGGUGGAACAGGGCAUGGCCGGAGCCACUGUUGCAGGCAUUCUUUGUUGCUUCAAAAAGUGUGUGGUUGGUGCACCUUUUGGCCACCUCGGUGCACCCGAGCUUGCCUAUAUUCAGGGUGGAUAAAGGGGCGGGGUUUGAUGGAGUUUACAUGGAGGACAUGGGUGGAGAUAAGAUGAGGACAUUGAUGCCGUCUGUGGUCCGGAUCAUGGUUGCACCUGGGUUCUAUGUCUACGGCAGCAUAAGCAGCAUGGUUAAAUGCAAGGUGCUAUGCAGGUACUGCAACAGCAACAACAUCAAUAAUCAGUGAUGGUCAAGGCAAGGGUUUACUCAUCCAACGCACCGAGGGUUAAUAAUAUGAUUUGGAACUGAAAUAUUUUGAUUCGUUUGUAAUACUUUUAUCCGCAGUUUUGUUGUUUAUUGUUAUAUAAUUGGGAUGAUUGUGAUGGUACUGUUCAAGCUCCUUUUUUUUAUGGAUACCUAUUUCUGUGUCGA